GAGAAAAAGGUAGUAAGAGAGCAGAGGGAGCGAAAACAAGAAAAUAGUAAAUCAGAACAUAACUUUUCAUCCCUGUGUCAAUUUCAAUUAUCAAUUUCGACUCUGGUUAAUUCUGAUGUGAUGAAUAAUUCAAAUCAAUCGAGUCGGAUUCUAUUGGAUGUACCAUGUAAAGUUUGUGGUGACCAUUCAUCGGGUAAACACUAUGGCAUUUAUGCUUGUGACGGUUGUGCUGGUUUCUUUAAGCGAUCAAUAAGAAAGGAUAGAAAGUAUACCUGUAAAGCUCGUGGUAUUAAUAAUAAUAACUGUCCAGUGGAUAAGAUUCAUAGGAAUCAGUGUCGAGCCUGUAGGUUGAAAAAGUGCGUGGAAGCGGGAAUGAACAAAGAUGCCGUUCAACAUGAACGGGGUCCUCGAAAUUCAACCCAACGGAGACAAGGGCAGGAUAACUUUUUCCAAUCCAAGGAAUCACCUUUCGUUUCAAAUCUGAUAAACAAUUACAAUCGUUUACCACCCCCGCCGGUGUUACCAGCACCUCAUCAUUCAUCCCUACCUUCAUUACCUUUACUCUUUCCAUGUGUGUGUCACCCUUGGAUUCCCAUGUCAUCUAGCUAUUUAUGUUUAUUCCGAAAUAAACAUCCAUCAUCAUUUUCUCAUGAAUUUCACCUACAAAAUUGAUGAAUAUUGAACAAUUUCAAUUUUGACCAUUCUUCCCAUCUUAUUCUGUCUCUCUAUCUCUCUUCCUCUGCUUAUUGACCGGAGGUCAAACAGACAAAAAUCAAAUGACCACCGCCAUAUUUUCAGAGCUACUGGAGAAUAUGAAGAAGAAAAAAAAAAUUUUCCUGGAAAAUUUUUACCUACAGAAAAUUAGGUUUUAUUUUCCUCCUUCAAAGUCCAAGUGAAUUUUCAAACACUAUCACUGAGAUUGGGAGAUAAAAGUUAUAUUCAAGUCACCAUAAUCUCCUGAUAAAGUUGAUGAAUUGAUUUGUAGUUGAUUAGACAAUAUCAGCUGACAGGGAAGACAUGGCUUCCCACCUCCAUCAUCAUCAUCAUCAUCAUCAUCGCCGGUGAUAUCACAACCUCAUCAUCAUUAGAUUUCUGAAUAUGAUGAAUAUCAAUUUUAUCCAGAAAAAUAUAUCAUAUGUUUUCAUUGACCCGCCAACAUUUUCAUCUUCAUUGACCUUCUCAUCUCUCUCUCUCUCUCUCUCUCUUUUUGUAAUUGUUUUAAUUUGAUUGUAAAUUUGCUAAUCAAAACAUUCCCACACACAGGUAAAUACAAAUAUUAAUGUGUGUGUAUGUAUAUAUAUUAUGUAAAAAAUGAUCAUUCAAUUGAAUCAUAAUGGACUCGAAUGAUUACCGUUAUGGUUUUGUGGGUGGGAGAUGAUUUUCUGUGUGUGAAAAGUGAAUAAACUUUUUUCCUCUUCUUCACUUCUUGUUAACCAUUAACGUGACUUGUAAUCUGUUAUUUAAAAGUCUCCCUCCAAUUAAAUAAUUGGUUGACUGAUUAAUAAUAAUAAAAAAUAAAGUUGAUCAUUUGAAUUUAUUGUAAUCAAAUACAGUAGUAGUUUAAAUAGCUUCUAAAUAGUAAUUGCAGAUAAUAUGCCGAAGAUAAUAUUGAGGAAUUAACAUUGUUAAAAGAUC